CAUGCUUAUCGAGUUUAACAGCCUGUACAAACCUUACGGUCUAUAGUCAACAGUAUACCUUUGUGUACCGUCGUUGGCAGGCUACCACAUUUUAAAACCUUAAACGGAAGAUAUGUAUUGAUGUGUAGAGGUAUGGUUUAAGGACAUUGAACGGAAUUUAAGAUGCCGUGUUUAUAUGUUUGCGAGGGAAUAAAGACAUACUAUAAUACAACAGGGAUUACUUACAACCAAUAAUAUGACCAUGGAAGGUGUUACCAGUGCCAUGUAUUGUGUGAUAAAUAUGUAAAGAAAAUUGUUACGAUGUAUUCAUGUCCAGGACUUCAUGAAAUGACAUGACGUUAAACGUGCACAAACUAUGGGCAGGCAGUAUAAUAAUAGUACGACAAAGGUCAGAUUUUCGUGGAUUUAACCAUCAGAACUGGUCAUGUUCAAAGCAAUAGGACGCUGGAGCGCUCAGAUACGCUCGAAUGGCUUAGAGCUUAUAAGCACUAUAUUCGGAAAAGGUGGCAAAGGCAGAAAAUACGGAGGAAUCGACGAUGAAACGGAGGAAAUUUUCAGCGACGCGAAGGAAGAACUAGACAGCGAUGAUGACCUCUCAAGUGACAGUCACAAGGUUGAGAUACACAUUAAACAGGACAAAACACAUUCUUCGGAUAAUUUAAGUACGUUGAAUGUACUUCCAAGUACAGUUGAAACUGAUACUCAGGACAAAAAGUCGGGAGCAGAUGUGACAGAAAACAAACAUGGAGGCAGUGAACAUAGUUCAAAUAGCGACCUGUCUGGUGACGUGACAGAUUCUUUCGCGGAUAAAGCUGAAAGCGUAAAGAUUGAUAACAAUGUAGCGAAUAUCAAAGUCCAGAUAGAUGAGCCAAAUGAUGAGGUCGGCGACAUCGAAGCUGAUAAGUGGGAAGCGGAAGAGGUGGUGCAGGAUCAUGAACAUAAUCAUACAGAAGACAAUCACCACGAAGUAGACCACAGCGACACCAAAAAGAUGCUAAAAUCCAAACCAGGUGAUAUUCCGAAAUCCAGUUCAUCUUCCUCGGUGUUCCAGAAAAUGCACAGAAGGGUAAACAGUUAUACUCAGAGACAGUACGCAAAAUUUGACAACUUACAGGAAGAUGAACACGGACAUUCUGUUAGCAGUGUUCUUGAACAGGCCAGUACAAAUGGCAAUACUCAUGUUGACAAUGUGAUAUCGUCCAUAGACCAUGUGGAUAGAGAUAAUUCGUUACUUACGAGUAAAUCGAAGAAAAAACGAAAGAUGGCAAAGAAGGCGCGACGGGCCGUGCGCGGAACCUGGAAGUGGCUUCAACGGAGCAUUCGCAUGAUGGUGGACACUCAAGGCUUUCUGGCGCCAUCUUUUGUCAGCGCGUUUCAGGCCAGCAGUGCAAGGAAAACGUGAUCGGACUAUCAGGAUAUGAGCAUUUCGUUUCAGAUAUCUAAUUGCCGAAUGUUUCAUUUGGCUCUUCAUACGUAGCGUAACUUAAAAGAAUAGAAAAAACAAUUACGUGCAGUUGCAGCAAUUGCAAACGAAAUUCGCCUUUUGCAGGCAGUCGUAUGAACGUAUAUGUUGAUUAUAGGUUCGAUACAUUACAACCAGCGCUUGGAGGAUGUACUCAUCGUGAUUGUUUGGGUUCAAGCAAUACAACAUGUGCGUAAUAAAAUAAAUGUGAUCGUAUUGUUUGGCUGUCAUAGCAUUCAAUCAGUGUUUACAAAAUGUAAUCAGAUAAUACAACCAGUGCUAAGGAAAUGUAACCGUAGACUCGUAUUUACUUUGUGAGGCUUUAAACAAUACAGCCAGUGCAUAAAGCAUGUAUUUGUAUAAUUACUUUUGUAAAAAAAACUGUUGACAUCAAUUGCACAGAACAGUGAAUAUUUGGUAAGCGGUUUAAAGGCUAUUUUAAUUAAAAGGGGUUUGCCGUUUGCUACGAAAAUGUGAACAUUUCCGCUCGUAGUACAUGUUGCUGGAUUCUGGUAAUUGUGUUAAAAACCAAUUCACAGGAAUUGGAUUACUCCUUAAUAUAUUUAACAACUAAACUGCUUCAAUCGAACAUAAAGAAGAUAUUAAAAAUUGUAUCUGAGCAUUUGGUUGAGAAAGAAACGAUGGUGUUUUAUUACUUUUAAUAAUUAUUGUGCUUUUCCAUAUAUGUACCUAACUGGACACAUGAUAAACACGCUAUUUUUAAAUGAAGUCAUUCUAUGUGUAAAAUGUUAUAAUUUGCAAUAAAUUUAUUAUCGUCA